GAGGCGCAGGACGUGGCUGGAACCUUCGGACGGUCGCAGGAGGAGCAGAAGGAUGGCCCAAGGUGUCGGCGCGGAAAGCCGACGAGACGGCGGUGCAGCAACGGUUAAGUGAAUGGGCUUGCUCUUCCAGUCUUGCAGGCAUGACCUUGUAUAGGAACAUCUGUAUAGGAACAUCCCCUCGGUAGACUGUGUGAUCCAUGCAGGACAAGUUUACUUGCUUUCCCCAUCACAUCCUCAAAACUGGUUUGAUUAACAAGGAAGUUAUUAUAUUAUUUUUGAUGAAGAGCUUGAUAUGCAACAUUUAACAACUGUCUGAAAUAAUUUUACAGUACAUAAGGUCUGUCAAAAAUCAUCCACCAGAAAUGAAAAUAGCACAUCAGUAACAGAUUUCAUCCUCCUGGGUCUGACCAGUAAUCCAGAAGUGCAGAAGCUGCAUCUUCAUGUAUGUGAAAACAUCAGCAAAGGAAGAGGUUGCUUUGGCAAAGAGAAAUGCAUUUCACCCUUAAAACGAUCUUCUGAUAGUCACAACUGAAGGGAACUCAUGUUAACAAUGCUCUGGAUAUGUACCGUAUCAAAGGUUUGUUGGAUAAAGGAUGUUUAAUUACACAUGAGGUAACAUCAUCUCUUAUUCUCCAAACAGAUUUGUCAAUUCAGUCCAUGUAAUGAAUUACAGUCAGCUUCAUUUUUAUAUUCUGAAGGUCAAAGAAUGAUGUGAGAAAAAGUUGGAUUGUUUUACAACAUGAAUUCUGAAAGAAUAAUCUGCUAUUUAUACAUGGAAUUCAAGAAGACUUUUGGAAUACUGGCAAUAUUCACUAUGUUGUAAAAGGAGAAAAUUAAUGUACUUGGUUUGCUUGGCUUUUAUAUGCAUAGCCUUUGCUGCAGAAUUUGAAUAUCUGCCUCCUCCUAAACUCUCUUUGAUUUUUACAUGCUUACUGAGUAGAGUUCAAAAGUCAGUGAUGACAAACUACACAGAAAUAACAACUUUUAUCCUGUUGGGACUCACAGAUGAUCCUCAACUGCAAAUCCUGCUUUUUAUCUUCCUAUUUCUCACCUACAUCUUGAGUGUAACAGGGAACCUGACUACUAUCACCCUCACAUUGGCGGACUCUCAUCUGAAAACCCCUAUGUACUUUUUCCUCAGAAAUUUUUCCUUCUUAGAAGUGUCAUUUACCACUGUUUGUAUUCCUAGAUUCCUGUACAGCAUGUCAACUGGGGACAAUACCAUUACCUACAGUGCUUGUGCAAGUCAAAUAUUUUUUGUUAUUCUCUUUGGAGCAACAGAAUUUUUUCUCCUGGCAGCCAUGUCCUAUGACCACUACAUUGCUAUCUGUAAACCCCUGCAUUACAUGACCAUCAUGAACAGUAGGGUCUGUACCUUAUUAGUCCUCUGCUGUUGGGGGUCUGGCUUGGUGAUCAUUCUCCCACCCCUUAGCUUGGGCCUCCAGCUUGAAUUCUGUGACUCUAAUGCAAUUGAUCAUUUUAGUUGUGAUGCAGGUCCCCUCCUAAAGAUUUCAUGCUCAGAUACAUGGGUAAUAGAACAAGUGGUUAUCCUUGUGGCUGUAUUUGGACUCAUCAUCACCCUAGUGUGUGUGAUUCUGUCCUACACACAUAUCAUCAGGACAAUUCUCAGGUUCCACUCUGUCCAACAGAGAAAAAAGGCCUUUUCCACCUGCUCUUCCCACAUGAUUGUGGUUUCCAUCGCCUACGGCAGCUGCAUCUUCAUCUACAUCAAGCCCUCGUCAAAGGAGGAGGUGGCCGUAAACAAAGGCAUCUCAGUGCUCACUACAUCUGUUGCCCCCUUGUUGAGACCCUUCAUUUACACCCUGAGGAACAAGCAAGUGAAACAAGCUUUUAAUGACUCCAUAAAGAGAACUAUAUUUUUCUCAAAGAAAUCAAAGUUUUGAUGAAUCAAAGUAAAAUGAAAGAAGAAAG